AUGAAGCAUUGGAGCGCAGAAGCCUUUGCAAGGAGGUCGCGGCUGCAGUGGCAGUGCAUCGACUGCUCGGGCGCUUGCAGCCUUGACGAUGCCUUGGCAGAGCAUGUGGAGAAGCUAGUCAAGGCCAAGGAGGCGCAGGACCGAAAGGACCAGGAGCUCCGCCAGGUCGUAAGUCCUCAUCUUGGGGUUAGCGUCCGCGCCGUUGCCGGGCUCAGCACCGAUGAUGCGGGCGUGAGCCUCCGGCUGAUGCAUGCGCUGGUGCGAAAGCGCAGCAUUGCCGAGGUGAAAGCCGCAAGGGCACCGAUACUUGCUCGGAUCAAAGACCUGCAAGGCCAAGUAAGGGAGGCAGAGCAGGGGAUUCCGGUGCUCGACGCAGCGGCGAGGCAACUGCGCGUGAAGCAACUGCUCCAUGAGAAUGCUGAUCCAAAUGCUCCGGACAGGCUCGGCUUUACAGCCCUCAUCUACGCUGCAAACACGGGACACCAGGAGGUGGUCCAGCCGUUGCUGAAUGCUGGUGCGCAGCUGGAGGCUUGUGAUGAAGCCGGCAACACAGCCCUGAUCUGGGCUGCCGACAGGGGCUACCUCAAGGUGGUCGAGGCGUUGCUGACGGCCGGGGCCAAGCUGGAGGCAUACAGUGAGUUUGGCAUCACAGCUCUCAUGAAUGCAGCAAGGAAAGGCCACCUGAAUGUGGUCGAGGUGUUGGUGAAGGCUGGAGCUCAGCUGGAGCACGCAGAUAUUGGAGGCAGCACAGCCUUCAUGAAAGCUGCAUCUGAAGGCCACUUGCAGGUGGUCCAGGCGUUGGUGAAGGCUGGAGCCCAGCCGGAUGCCGCCAGCGCCGACGGCAGCACAGCCCUCAUCACAGCUGCUAGGACAGGCCACAUGAAUUUGGUCUCAGUGCUCUUGAAGGCCGGGGCCCAGCUGGAGCUCCGUAAUGCGCAUGGUGACACAGCCCUCAUGAAAGCUGCUCGUCAAGGCCACCUGAAGGUGGCCGAGGCCUUGCUGAAGGAAAGAGCUGAGGUGCAGGCCCGGAAUUUCUAUGGCUUCACGGCCCUCAGCUUGGCUAAAGUUGGCGGCCACCUGAGUGUAAUUCAGGCUUUGAAGAAGGCUGGAGACCAACCGGAGGCCGGCGAUGAGGAUAGCCUUCAACCAUGA